AAAUGGAGUCUACCAAACAACUAAUCUGGAGUGCCUCAAUUACCACGCACCCAAAUUAUCGUAACACAUUAAAUGGUCCCGUGAAUGAUGUUGGAGUCGUUCAGUUGUCAACUCCAGCCAUACUCAACCCUUAUGUUAAGGUUGUUCCUCUUGCCAACAGUAGAAGUGGGAACUUCAACAACGUCGCCGCUACCUUAUCAGGAUGGAGCAGAACAGCAGAUGACUCAUGGUACCUAUCGCCAGUUCUUAUGAGAGUUAACUUGACUACAAUAGGAAAUAUGAUUUGCCAGAUUCAAGUUCUCAGAUUAAAAGCAAUCAUUAGAAAUACCAAUAUCUGUACAUCUGGACGUGGUACAAAAGGGGGCUGCAAUGGGUAUUCUGGUGGUGCUUUAAUUAGCAAUGGCGUUCAAAUUGGUAUCGUUUCAUUUGGAGGGUCUGAAUGUGAGAGAGGAAUGCCUUCAGUUUUUACGAGAGUAUCUCAAUAUCAAACUUGGAUUGCUCAAAACACAGAUGUUUCCUUAUAG